GCCUGCCAGCGCCCGUUCUAGCUCCCAGCCCAGCUAUGGCAUCCCUGCUGCCCACCCGGACCUUGCCCUUGAUCCUGAUUCUGCUGACUGUCCUGGCCCCGGGGGCUUCAGCCCAAGCCUGCCACCUGGUGGUCAGACAAGCAACGGCCUGUGUCCUGCCAACCCGAGACUUCAACAUCUCGAGCGUGUCUGGUCUGCUGUCUCCGGCGUUAACAGAGAGCCUGCUUGUUGCCUUGCCCCCCUGUCACCUCACAGGGGGCAAUGCCACGCUGAUGGUCCGGAGAGCCAAUGACAGCCAAGUGGUGAAAUCUAGCUUCGUGGUGCCUCCGUGCCGUGGGCGCAGGGAGCUGGUGAGUGUGGUGGACAGUGGGGCCGGCUUCACGGUCACCCGGCUCAGUGCGUACCAGGUGACAGACCUCGUGCCAGGAACCAAAUACUACAUUUCCUACCUAGUGACGAAGGGGACAUCCACUGAGUCCAGCAGAGAGACCCCAAUGUCCACACUUCCUCGAAGGAAGGUGGAAUCCAUUGGGCUGGGAAUGGCCCGGACGGGGGGCAUGGUGGUCAUCACAGUGCUCCUCUCUGUUGCCAUGUUCCUGCUGGUUCUGGGCUUCAUCAUCACACUGGCCCUGGGCACCCGGAAGUGAGGAGGCCAGUGCCAGGCAGCAGGCCUCCAGGAGGUCCAGGAUGCUGUCCAUUUCCCCAGGCCACGGCUUUGCCCUGUGUGCCUGCCUCCUCUCCUGAAAAGACUGCCUGCUCCCAGGCCUCAACCAUGGCUUCCUCGGGGCCUUCACCUCUCCUCGCUGCCCCCUCUCACCGGAGCCCUCUCCUCCCUCUGCCCUCCCCUAGGUCCCCAGUGCGUCACCUCCCAACACUCCCUAUAAUCCCCUCAGCCCACUCCUGUCAGAAUCGACGCUCCUCCUACUUCACCUCUUUAAUCACCACCCCCCCCAACAAUUCACUCUUCCCUCAGUGACAGAAAUCCCCUCAAUAAAGUCUGAUGCCCCAUC